AUGGCUUCGACACAGACCAGCGUCCCGGCGGGGAUGGAAAACUUCACCGUCGGGCUGAUUGGCAUGGGCGACAUGGGUAGGAUGUACGCCGAGGGGCUGUCGGAAGCUGGCUGGAGUGAUGAAAAUGCUAGCUACCUUACUUUAACUUGUCUGAAAAAAAACAUACCCUUUCACACUUUUUUGUUGUUUCGACUCUUUAGAAUCCUGGCGUGCGACAGAGAAGAUAGAUACGAUAGCCUUAAAGAAAAAUACAAUGGCAAAAAGAACAUUGAGAUUCUCCCCAAUGGCCACUACGUAUCCCGCGCAAGCGACUACAUCAUCUACUCAGUCGAGGCGGCCAUUAUUGAUCGUGUGAUUGCUCAAUAUGGACCCUCAACCAAGAUGGGUGCCAUCGUCGGCGGCCAAACCUCUUGCAAAUCCCCAGAGAUCGAAGCCUUUGAAGCCUAUCUCCCAUCAGACGUCUACAUCGUCUCAGUCCACUCCCUCCACGGUCCCGGUGUCGACCCUUACAACCAACCCCUGGUCCUCAUCCAGCACCGCGCACCAGAUGAAGCUCUCCGUAAAGUCGAGACCGUGCUCAGCUGUCUCAGGUCCAAAUACGUCCAUCUCACAGCUCAGGAGCAUGAUCGUAUCACGGCAGACACCCAGGCCGUCACACACGCUGCGUUCCUGUCCAUGGGUAAGGCAUGGCAUGCAAACACGCAGUAUCCCUGGGAACUCAGCCGGUACGUUGGUGGCAUCGAAAACGUCAAGAUGAACAUCAUGCUGCGGAUCUACUCACAAAAGUGGCACGUCUACGCCGGCCUGGCGAUUCUCAACCCCGAGGCCCGCAAGCAAGUUGCCCAGUACGCCAAAUCCGUCACAGAGCUGUACAAGCUCAUGCUCGAGGGCAAUCUCGAAGGCCUCAAGGCCCGCAUCUACGGCGCCCGUGACCGUGUAUUCGGUCCUUCCAAGACAUGGGCCUCACGCCCUCUCCUCGAACCCUCCAUCCUCACAGCCUUCUCCCUCGGCACGCCCUCCCCUGAAGAGCCCGCCCGGCCAAACAACCACCUCUCUCUCCUCGCAAUGGUCGACUGCUGGGCCGCCCUCGGCAUCGUACCAUACGACCACAUGCUCUGCAGUACGCCACUAUUCCGGCUCCGCCUAGGUGUAACAGAGCAUCUCUUCCGUAACACGGAUAUGCUCGACGAAGCACUCCAGACAGCGGUCGACGACAAGCGGUACCGUAGCGAUGAUCUUGAGUUUACGUUUGCGGCGAGGGGGUGGGCUGAGUGUGUUACGCUGGGACACUUUGAGACGUGGGAAAAGCGGUUUGUGAGCACGCAGGAGUUUUUCCAGCCGCGGUUUGCGGAUGCGAAGAAGGUUGGUGAUGAGAUGAUGAAGAAGGUGCAGGCGAGUAUGGAGGAGGCUUUGAAGUUGGAGGAUAAGUGA